UGUGGGAAAUAAAGCGCCGUGGUGCUGAACUAGAGGAGGAGGAGGAGAAGAAGAAGGGGGGGGAGAGAGCUGGUUGAUCCAAAGGCUUCAUUAACGACAGAAGGGACGAACUACUACACCAUCCCAAAACCCUCCAAGCAUGUGGUCGCGGCAGCUUUUCGACCGGUGUCAGAUCAGAUAGAAGAAGAAGAAGUGACGGAGGAAGGACGGAGGUUGUUGUUGGGGGGGGAGAAUAUCCUCGGACGGCAGAGCAGAGCCCAGCCGACAGCACGGAGUUGUCGCGAUGUUGUAGCUAAAACCAUGGACAGCAGAAUAAAGGAGAAUCCAGAAAGAACAUUUGAUCUGGUUCUACAGGUGGCAUGUCCAACAUCUGAAAAUGAGGAUCCAACCGUGCUGUGGAGCUUCCCCCAGGACCACACAGACCAGGAGGUCCUUCAGACGAUACCAAAGUUCUGCUUUCCCUUUGACGUGGAAAGGGUUUCACAGAGUCAGGUGGGGCAGAAUUUCACCUUUGUGCUGACGGACAUUGACAGCAAACAGAGGUUUGGGUUCUGUCGACUCACUCAAGGCUGCCGGGUCUGCAUAUGUCUGCUCAGUUAUCUACCAUGGUUUGAAAUCUACUACAAGUUGCUGAAUACUCUGGCAGACUACCUAACGAAACAACAGGAAAAUGACUUGAAUGACAUGCUGAAUUCUCUCUAUGAUCUGCCUGUGCCAAAGCCCUUCACGCCAGUCAACCUGAGUGUGAAUGAGCAGUUGUAUAUUGCCACUGGGCAAGUACUGAGAGAUCGGCGAAGCACGGAGCCGCACUCCUACUUCAUCGCCCCGGAUAUCAAUGGACUGCCAACGAUCCCUGAAAGUAGGAACCUGACAGAGUACUUUGUGGCUGUGGACGUCAACAACAUGCUCCAGCUCUACGCCAGUAUGCUGCAUGAGCGGCGCAUCAUCAUUACCUCAAGCAAGCUUAGCACUUUAACUGCAUGUGUCCACGGUGCGGCUGCUCUGCUCUUUCCUAUGUACUGGCAGCACAUCUUCAUCCCUGUGCUGCCCCCGCAUCUUCUGGACUACUGCUGUGCCCCCAUGCCAUACUUUGUGGGAGUUCAUCUUAGUCUGCUGGAGAGAGUACGCGGUCGAUCACUGGAGGAUGUGGUCAUUCUGAAUGUGGACACCAACACCCUUGAGAGUCCCUUUGACGACCUGCACAACCUGCCCGGUGACGUGGUGUCCUCUCUGAAGAGCAAGCUGAAGAAGCAGUCAACAGCAACAGGAAGUGGUGUGGCGAGGGCUUUCAUGAGAGCGCAGGCCGCUCUGUUUGGAUCCUACCGAGAUGCCCUCAGAUAUAAACCUGGGGAGCCAAUCACUUUCUGUGAGGAGAGCUUUGUGAACCAUCGCUCAAGCACCAUGAGAAACUUCCUGUCCAUGGCUGUCAACCUGCAGCUCUUCAAACAGUUCAUCGACGGACGGCUGGCCAAAUUGAAUGCAGGCCGCGGCUUCUCCGACGUGUUUGAAGAAGAGAUCACAGAGGGGGGCUUCUGUGGAAGUAAUUCAAGGUCUUACCAGCAAUGGAUGCACACUGUAAAGAGAGGAGGAGCACUCUUCAACACAGCUGUGACAAAGGCCAAGAUUAAUGCCAAGAGGGGCAUCCGGGACAUUAAGGGCAGACUUAAAGCAAGGGAAGAAGAAGAAGAGGGGAUGAUGGUCUGUGCAGGGUCUCCCACCAGCACCAAGAGCCUGUCUCCAAGGAGACUGCAGAAGAUGAGACGGCAGAACUUGAACAAGUCUCCCAUGAGCAUGGGCCCUCGAGAUCUUGGCUACGGGCUAGAUGAUGAUGAGCUGGACACUGCAAGCAAGAUCUCCUCAGAGGACAGCGGGGAUGUCCCUUCGUACAUCGAGGACAGCGAUGAUUCCUACUCGCUAGAACUGGACAUCGACUCUUCCCGCUCAGGCCAGAUGAACCUGCUGGAGGAAAUCCUGGACUCUCUGAACACCACAACGAUGGAGCAAGGCAAACUCAGCGCUGCCAAGAGCCUGGACUUCUUCAGAUCCAUGGAAGAUUUAGACUACAAGGCCCCGAGCAAGCCCACACCUUCCAGCGACUCUAAACCUGCAGAUGAGAGUGGCUGCGGUGGAGGCGGGGAUCAGGGCAGCUGGAAUAUGGGCCAGGAUGACAGCGCGGUCCACGGAAAACACCUUCCCCCAUCCCCGCGCAGACAGCCCAACAAGAGCAGCCUGAAGGUGUCAAAGAAACCGGCGGCAGCUCUUGCAGUGCCCGUCAUCACAGCUACACCUCCAGCCCAGGACACUGACAUCUCCAAGUCACGUCCUCAUCAUCCCAGCUCUGACCCUCCGCCUCUACCUCCAGGGCGACAACCAGGAGACCGCUACUCCUACUCGCCUUUAAUGUCCCAUAGAGUUACACCGAUGCCGCCAUCCUCCUCUCUCUCCCACACCUACAGUUCUCCAGAACAUUAUUCUCCUGUACCAGCGGCACGGCCUCGGACCAUCUCAGACCCACAAACCAGCACAGAGCCUCCUCAGGCCCAGAACCAGACUGCCUCCACCAACAUCCUGAGGAGGAAGGUGCUGUCCAAGGAGACAGUGAGGCACUACCAGGAAAAGGCCCUCCAGAGGCAGGGCAGCAAGGGCCACCAGGAGGGUCAGGGGAGCCCGGCGAGUAACAGCCAUUCAGCUAUGCAGGUCCCAUGGGAGAAAGAGGUGUCCAAGGAGGGGCUCCUGGGGCUCGGCCUGUGUCUGGGUCAGGGUAAAGGCUCAGGGGCGGCUGUGGGGCAGGAUCAAGGCCUCCUCGAGGAGAUUGAGUCCAUGUGUUGCCUCGGCUCAGUCCUCCACACCAGCCUGCAGCUCUCACAAGUUCACUGCAACAACAGUCACCACCAGGUCCAGGGCAAAGCCACAGACGAGUCGUAGGGAUGUCAAAGACUCAAUGUCUGUAAAAUGCCAUAGGUUCUACUGAAAUAUAUUCACUUUAAUUCUUCUAUUACUAUUAGCCGCUAUCUCAACAACGAGAUCUUUUUUUAUCUCAACACUCAGCUAUCAGGAAAUAUUACGGACAAAGUUGAUGUCAUACAGGCAGAGUAACAACAGAGUCACAGCCUCUAGAGCAGGAACUAGGAAGAGGUGAAUUGGUGCACUGCACAAGUCUCCAUCUUUUCAAGACAUUUCUCUGUAAAAUAGAGCCCUAGAAACCUUAUUUUCUUCAAAUCUGCCACCACAGUAAGAAUGUUUCAACCUGUUUUCAAUAAAUAUGAACUUGUUUCAAGAAUGUUCUUGAAAUGAAUGUCUGUAUCUUGAAUACACAUAAAUAUCUCUAUCACUUGAAAUACAUUGAUUUACAAUGGAAACAGGUUUAAAUGAUCUUACUACAGUGGCAGAUUUUUUCACAUUCCAUGCAGGAUAGGUGCUUUUCCUAUGAGUGAAUUGGAUAUUUAGCUUAAGUGACAAGAUGUGAAUUUAGAAAGAUAAAACAAGUGAAUUAUCUUGUGAACUUGGCACUUCAAAAACACAAACUGAGGCCAUAGUACUUAGAUUGCUUUGUGUUUUCGGAGUACUGUGAGAUUCGAUUUUUUUUUUUAAACUCAAAUGCAAACAAAAAAAGGCUUGAUAAGAAGGAUGUUUUUGCAGUGUGUUUACUGCUCAUCAUAGUAUUUCUGUCUGUAAUCAUCUAACUUUAUGGAUAACACGUAUUAUUUUCCUGUGUUGUAUUUUUCAUCGUGUAACAUAUUCACAAUGCAAUACCUGGAGAAAAAAAAAGACCCAUUAAUUACAUUAUGGGUAAAAUAUGAGUAGCCAACCGGAAAUGGAAGAAUUUUCCACCUUCACUUGAGAAAAAAAGUCUGAGUACUUUUUCAGGAUUAAGAAGGGAUGCAAUACACCAUUAUGUCAGACCUUUAUUCACAGUGUUCCAAACAUUUCACGUGAUCAAAUUCAAUUUGCACUUGUAGAUUAAAAAAAUUUACUUGACCACCUGAUACUAAAAUCAUUUGAGCUAACACGACAAAAUGAGGCAGGAUUUAUCAGACACGAAGUCCACUCUGGCCUUUGAAACUAAUUAUACACUGUGUAAUUUAAAUGUUUGUUUUCUAUCACCAUGCCUUAAACGGACAUGUGAUUUGUUUUUAAUACUCUGGUGUCUUAAUCCAUAGAUACCAUAACAGGUACUUUGUAAUCAGAUUUUCUGAUUCUCUCAGAUCGUAAAUGCAACAGUUAACAGUUCUUAAACAGCACUGUAUUUCUCUGGAUUAUUAGAAUAGUUAAUACAUAUAUAUAUAUAUAUGAUGUGCUUUAAGCUGCUGUUUUAAAUUGCAUUCCAGAUAAUGAGAUGUGCAUGUUGAAACCUCUCUCUCUCCUCUCCUCUUGCUGUGUUCCUCAGGACACUUCUGUCACUCUGAAGAGAAGCAAAUACAGUUAAAAGUUACAGUGGAUGGUCUGAAAAUGCCAGUGUCAAUGCUCCAUGUCCUUUUCCUUUCUCUUUGUUUACCUUUUAAUCAUCACGCUUCCCCUCAUGGUGUCUGUCCUAAUAUUCUGCGUAUUCGUCCUUUCAGCACAUCUAAUUUUCACUCUGGACCUUAACAAUGGUGACCAGUUGUUGCGGACCUAAUGUGGUUUGGAGUGGAUGUGGAAAAUGGGUACUUAAAAGGAUAAGGCCGGUGAUAUUCUACACUUUCUUAUUGUCAACAAAUCCCACAAAACAAUGCACCCUUUCGGGUGGCUUUCAGAUUUCUGUAUCUAUCCCCAAGCCCAUUUGUUCCUACUGAAAACAUAAAAAAUAGUUCACAAAUAUGUAGUUUCAGUUUACAAAAAAAGGCUCAGUCAUUUCUUAAAAUAGCGGGAAACUGUAGAUUUUAGCAAAUUGUACUCAAACCGGAGUAAAUAGUCCCCCAAAAACUAUUUUUUGGGGGACUGUUGUCAGCUGUAGAUUAUUUGUAAGUAAUAAAUUCAUUUUUGGUUUAGGUCCUUUCAUUUUAUUUGUUCAUAUUAAGAAAAAUAUACAAUAUCACCAGACUUAUCACAUAACUGAGUCUUUGUCUUUCUCUCUGUCUGUCUUCAUGUCUUUGCCCACAGGAGGAAAUGCAAUCUCUGUCCUGCUAGGUUAGAGUCACACACUGUAAAGUAGUGUGCAGUGUUUGAUGAUUGUACUGUAAUGAAGCAAUACGGUUCUCCUCGGAGAGUAGCUACAUGGAUGUAAUGUGUACAGAGUCGAAAGUAUUUCUAUAACAGACUCUCCUGUGGAGAGAAACGCCCGCGUCCAGAGGUUGUGGGUUCCCAUCAUUCCCUGUGCCGCCGCAAACCCAGAGAAAAGAAGAAAGCUUUUUCAUGUGCUUGUGUUGGGAUUAUUACAUUUAUGGUUCGUUGUUCUCAUGAUUUAUGCCAGACGCCAGUCGGUGUGGCAGUUUAAUAGCAGCUAUUUCUCCGCUUUUUGAGUGCUGCUCUGCGUUAACGAUUUGCUCAUAAAGUCUUUGGCGUGCUUCUAAAAGCCCAGGAAUCAGUCUUAGUAAUUCCAAAAAGGAGAAAAAAAAACAGUCUCCAAAACAAUCUUUGCACUGGCCUUAUUCAGUGUAAACACUUUAAAAAAAUACUUAUUUACUAUGCAAAUAUUUAAAAUUAUCAAAAAAAGGUCAGUUUUUUUAAAGUAAUUAUAUUAUAAAGCAUUAUAGAAAAAAUCACUCAAUCAAUAGGAGUAAGCCUAAUGUGUCCCAAAAUAAAUAAAUAUCAAAGUCUAUUUAACUGUGUGUGAGCUGAGGUGUGUCUGUGGGUGUUAAUGACAGAAUGGUGUGUAUGGUGUGCCUUAUACAGUAAGAGUACCACCCGAUAAUCAGAACAAGGUACAGUAUUAUAUAAAGGAGGUGUAUGCAAUGUUGUUCAGACCACCUUAAAUCACAGUUAGGAACAUUUAUUUAUAUGAUAAAGCAGACGUGAAACCUGUUUUUGGUCCUUUAGAAACUGACCUGAAAUGAACUUGGGUACUAGUAUUGUUUUUAUAGCUGUUUUGUUUUUGAGUUUCGGCUGCGGUCCAGCUGGAGUUACUCUGUGUUUUUCUUUGCUGCGGUGGUCGGUGGGAAUCUUCCUGCCUGUAUUUAAGAGAAGAUGUCUGAAUUUCUCUGGGUUAUUUGACUUUUUGUAAAUUAGGUACUUUCUUUGGUUGUACUAAUAGGUGAUUACUUGUAUAGUUUUUGCUCUUUUUUUUCCUUUCCUCUUUUUAAAAAAAAACCUUGAACACUCAUUCUGAGCUAACUGUAUUGAAAAAACAUUUCUCAGAGGAGUUCCUCUAGUUGAUUUCAUAUUGAUGAAAAAAUUAUUUUCAGCUGAAUAGAUGUGUAUUUUUGCUGGCUUGAGUUUAUUUUACAUGGAUAAUAUAUAAUUGGUGUUGUAUGUUGUAGAAAAAUGACACCUAAUAUUUGAAUGUUUUAGAUUUUAUUUUUGGAAGAUAAAAAUAGAGAAUAUUAACAAACGUCCCAUGUAGCCAUUCAUGUUCAGAAGCAUUUGACACCUUCUAAUCAAAAUAAGCAGAGACUGACGCUUACUGUACAUGGUACAAUGCUUAUUGUUGUAUCUGCAUGUAUGUACCUGUAUGUUGUAUACUAUGAUUUUGUUUUGUUUAGUAUAACAGAUUUGGUCUAUUCUGUUGGUAUUAAUUAUUAUUUCAGUAUUUAGCACUUCCAUGAAAUCGAGAAUGAUGGAAAGAACAUUGGGUCUCGUACACUCAUUCUGCCUUGCAUUGGGUAUUGUGGAGUUAAAUGUCAUCUGCCUUGCAUUUUCUGUAGAAGAAAACAUUUCUUCUUUGGUUACUGGCUACUGUAAAUCUAACCGUAGAGGUUUGUAAGGGGGAAAUACUGGAGCAGUCAGCUGCUGUUAAGUGAAAUGAAAAGCUUUAGUAACUCUGGUCCAGUUUACACUAAUGUUGUACAACAAUGAAGAAAUGAUUGUCAGGGGAUAUGCAUUUCAGUAUCUGCAGGUUUGUGAUAACUAACUUAUACUCUGCUAAAAAAAUAGAGUGUUAAGUUAUGAAUAUAUAUAUAUUUAUAUGGUAAGUAUAAUUGUCCUGAAAUUACAAAUUUGGAUAGAGUGGGAGGUGACAGAUUAUGUAGCAGCUUUUACUGAGGUACUAUGGAGUGAGAGCACAAACAAAGAUAUUAACAUCACUUCCCCUUUAACCACACAUUUAAAAAAACUGUGUGCUCAGUGUAGUGACGACCUUGGACAAGUUACAGUAAGCAACAUUUCUCUUUUUUUCAGUCUCAAUUUUGGGUAUUGUAAUCAUGAUUAACUCUUCGGUAUGCCAUUUUCUGAUUCUGUGCACACUUGCAUGUUCUCAUUGCAGAGAAAACAACUGUCUUAAACAACUGAGGUCAAUCUAAUGUGCUAUUCAUGAGUAACUUGGUACUACUGCACAUAAUGUAUGCACUGUGAACUGAAAAUAAAUUAUACUGUUUCAUG